GGCGCGCUGUACCGGAAAAAAACACUAGCUAUAUAACAAAGCCGACUAAUACUGAUCUGUUUUAUAAAAAAAUAACUUUCACGACUGAUUCGUUUGGUGGUAUUUAUAUAAAAGUAGGUGCCACGACUCAUGUGUCAGUGUUAUCCAAUCAAACGGUAGUUCCGGGUGAACUGUCGUGACCUAGCGUGACUCUAUCAAUUUCGGAUCGUUCGUUUAUUUCCAUCAAUUUUAUUGAUAUUAGAAUGUGCUAAAAAGCGGGAAAGUUCCUGGUAUCGGAAGAUCACAGAGGAAUAAGUAAGGUCGUGUGUGAAAACCUGAAACAUGUCAAACAUGUGGCUUUGUAUUGGAGUUGAUGUUGGUGGAACAAACACUGAUGCUGUAAUUCUCAGAAAGAAUGAAGUGCUGAGCUCAGCUAAAGUUCCAACCACAGCAGACGUUACAUCUGGUAUUACUGGAGCUAUCAGCUCAGCACUGAGAGAGCUGCCAGAAGAAUUUCAACCAAGUCCUACACAAUAUGUGACGAGGGUCAACAUCGGAACCACCCACUUUGUGAAUGCCAUAGUUCAAAGGAAAGGCCUCACAAAGGUAGCUGUGUUAAGAUUAUGUGGACCAGCAACUAUGGCUAUUCCACCUCUGUGUGAUUUUCCUACUGAUCUGAGGAAGGCAAUAGGUUCAAUGCACUUUUUCCUGAAUGGAGGCUACCAGUAUGAUUGUUCUUGUAUAACCAAUGUUGAUGAGGAUGAAGUAAAGAGGGUUGCUAAGGAAGUGCACACAGCAGGUAUACACAAUAUUGUCAUUGUCGGAGUGUUCUCCCCUGCCUCCAACAAACAGGAAGUGCAAGUAGCUGAAAUCAUUAGAUCUGCAUACCCAGCCAUGAGUAUGACGCUCUCCCAUGAAGUGGGGUUGAUAGGAUUCUUAGAACGAGAGAAUGCUUCUGUCUUAAAUGAAAGCCUUAAACCACUUUGCCAGCAGACAGUGAAAGCAUUCUGUUCAGCUUUGAGGACUCUUGGUUUGAAAUGUCCCUUUUAUCUCACACAGAAUGAUGGAACCAUAACAAGUGCUGAACGAACUCUACACCUCCCAGUGUUUACGUUUGCAUCAGGUCCAACAAACAGCAUGCGAGGAGCAGCAUUCCUGUCUGGGAUUCAAGAUGCAAUAGUCAUUGAUAUUGGAGGAACAACCACAGAUGUAGGAGUGCUUAAAGAGGGAUUUCCAAGACAAGCAUCUACAAGGGUUAAGAUUGGAGGUGUAAACACCAACUUCCGAAUGCCAGAUGUACUGAGUGUGGGUCUUGGAGGUGGAUCCCAUGUAGAACAGUCACAAGGUGGAGUAACAGUUGGCCCAUUAAGCGUUGGCUACAAGUUACAUUCUGAAGCCCUGGUUUUUGGUGGAGAGAAAAUGACGACUACCGACAUUGCUGUCGCUUCUGGUUUCUGUGACAUUGGUGACAAGGAAAGAGUGAAGCACAUCUCAGAAGAAGUCAGGACUGAAGCAUUGGUGGAGAUAAAGAGAAAGAUUGAAGCUAUAAUCAUUCAUGUAAUCAUAUUUGUAAUAUCAUUGCAUCAGGGUGGAGUAACAGUUGGCCCAUUAAGCGUUGGCUACAAGUUACAUUCUGAAGCCCUGGUUUUUGGUGGAGAGAAAAUGACGACUACCGACAUUGCUGUCGCUUCUGGUUUCUGUGACAUUGGUGACAAGGAAAGAGUGAAGCACAUCUCAGAAGAAGUCAGGACUGAAGCAUUGGUGGAGAUAAAGAGAAAGAUUGAAGCUGCAAUAGAUCGAGUUAAGGUAAUAAUACAUGUAUAUAUAUGUCAACGUGUCAGGAAAGAAGCAUCAAUCAAUCAAUCAAUCAAUCAAUCAGUCAAUCUUUAUUUGCACUCACUCUUGCUCAAAGCUGCAAAUGCUGUUGGGGCUGCUUUAAGUAAAGUCAGUGGAACAUAUGAUCAAGUAAUUCCCAUGAACAACACUACCCGUGAAAAGGCACGCGAGGACGCCGAACAAGUGGCACGUGAACGAGCUGUUAAGGAAGGUGCUGACGAACAGACGUUAAAAGUUAUUGACGUGAUGGACGUACCACUGGCUUAUCUGCCUGGAAAUGCAGUUCGUUAUUAUCUGAAAGUUGUUGGAGACUUAGCCGACUGCAAGGCUAAAAGCCCCGAGGAAUUGUCUGAGAUAGGAUGGACAUUAGGUGACGCGGAUUCAGCCAAGGAGUCUUCACCAGUUGAACAAGUCCCUGUUAUGUCUGAACAAGCCAAUGUAGAAGUCGAAGACAUGGAGCCAAGUGAUCCGUACGUAGACCCGGCAUCAGGGGACUGGAUACUGAACAAGUUUGAUAUCGAAUGUAUCGCCAUCGGAGCAGGUAUCAUGGGGUGUGGUGGAGGAGGUAGCCCUUAUAUCGGCAGAUUGAGGGCGCUGGAGCUUCUCAAGAAGGGCAAGGAAAUCCGAGUUAUUCAUCCUAACAAAUUAGGAUCAACUCCCGAACUGACCGGUAGCGUAGCAGCACCAGCCUUUAUGGGUGCACCAGCAAUCGCCAUCGAGAGGUUGUUCAGCGGACGGGAAUCCAUUGCAGCACUGAAGGCAGCUUCAGGGGUUCUUCUAAGUGACAAGGCAUUGAAGGAAAAAGACGCUGGAGAUGGUACAAAGGAAGUGGAAUAUGCUCAAGAUUUGAUGUCCGUGAAAAAUGAGUGUCAAUCAAACAAGAAGCUCGUCGCUGUCGUGUGCGCCGAGAUUGGAGGCGCUAACUCUGUUGAACCCUUAGUAGCAGGUGCAGAGUUAGGACUCCCCAUUGUUGACGCGGACGGCAUGGGUCGAGCCUUCCCUGAGUUGCAGAUGUUUCUGCCGUUUGUUUUUGGUAGCCCACCAUACCCUGCGGCAGUUGGAGAUGAGAAAGGGAACGUGGUGGCAGUGUCUUUUGUUAAAACGUCAAAGCACUUGGAGAAUUUCCUGAGAAUGAAAGUGGUAGAGAUGGGCUGUAUGGCUGGUUUAUCGUUUAUAUUUGACUGGAAAGAUGUUACUGAAGAGAAAUUCAUCCUGUAUUCCCUUAGUCGAACAUGGCGCCUGGGGAACACUGUACUUCGUGCGAGACAUGACAAGGUGUCCCCCGUGGACAGAAUCCUUCAACAUGAGAAUGGAAAACUUCUGAUCACUGGAAAGAUCGCUGAUGUGAGCCGUGGAACCGAAGGUGGUUUCAACAGAGGAAGGCUAACUAUCGAAGGCUCUGGGAAGUUCAGUGAUUUAACACUCGGUAUCGAAUUCCAGAAUGAAAAUUACGUGGCAUUCUUCAUGAAGUCUGAUGGUACCAGAGAUAUUCUGGUCACAGUUCCGGACCUGAUCUCGUUAGUCGAUGAAGAUACAGGCGAGCCAGUCGCAACAGAGGAAGUCCGAUACGGUCUGCGAGUGGCUGCUAUUGCCAUGCCCUGCUUUCCGCGCUGGGAUACCCCGGAGGGAUUGGCAGCCGGCGGCCCGGUGGCUUUUGGGUAUCACGAUGUUGCUUACAGUCCCAUCGCUUCUUAUGAAAAGCACCUUCCCAUCCCGACCCUAGAGAUUAACUAAUUUGGUUUGCUAUGAGCAAGCAAAUAAAUUGAUGAAUACGGCCAAGUUAACGAGAAAAUUUUUAAGUACUUAGAGAAAACUUAUAAAAGUAGCUGUCAUCUUGAAAAAAUGUUAAUUCCAUGAAAUGGAGGCACACAAACAAAACGGGUUCGUUUAGUCACUGACUUUUAGAUAAACUCAUUGAAAACUUUUGGUUUCAUAAAAAAUACUCCUGUGAACUAGUUUACAAUAGAUAGAUAACUAUUAACGUAGCUCUCAUUUUGGAAAAAUGCAACUAAGUUUUAACUUGGUAUUAUUUAUUUAGACAUAAAUGCCAUCAAGAGAUCGUGGCAAUGAAUAACAACAGCGGUCCGGGAAGGACGGGAUA